UAUUUAGUUAAGCGUUCAUAUAAGAUCAAAGAAAGAAAGAAAAUACAAACCCUAAAUAUAUUGACUGUUCCGCAAGGUAAGAUAGGGAGAACCUGAGAAAUCAUGGCUUUCACACAAGAAGAAGAUGAAGACCUUCACGUGGCUGCCUGGACAUUGAUGCACCUACACCAAGCUCAAGCUCAAUAUCUAAAUCAGUCACCAGAAGAAGACGAUAUAGAUGAUGAGGUUGAGUCGACUCCGUUAUCACAAGUAAGCCAAGCUCAUCAAAAACCGUCUAGGAAGAGGAAAUAUGCUGACAACAAUCAGAAUACGAUGAAAAUAAAUAAGGAGGAGCUCUUUUCAGAAGAAACUCUGAGGCUCAUUCAGGCAUGGUACAGAGAUGACCCUGAUCCACUAGAGAUAUUCCAGGAUGCUGAGGUGACGAGGCGAUUCAGCAAACCGCUAAAGAAGCAGUUGAUGUCGAGCGACGUGGAUAAGGAUCAAUGCAGGCUCUUGUUACCGAGGCAGCUAGUGGAGGAGACGAUGCUUCCUUUUCUAGAAGAAUCAGAGAAUCUGAGCCUGGGGCUUGAUGUUUCGGUGUACGGACCAGACGGGGAAGUUCAACAGAUGAAGUUCAAGAUCUGGAAUGGGGUUAGAACACCUGUUUUAACUUCGGGUUGGAAGGAGUUUGUGGCAAUGUAUGGUCUUGAGAUGACUUCCGAUUUUAUCACUGAUUGGAUGUUUAGGCAUAUAAAGACUCAAAAGAUUUGCUUCGCUAUUGACUAUGUUAGAUUUUCUUUGAUAGAUCCAGUGGGAUGAUCUUGAAGACGGCCUUCUUGAAUCCAAAUUAGGGUUUUGUGUUUUGUUUUUGUGUUUUGGGGUUUUUGUCUCUUUUUUUUUGGGGGGUUAUUUUUAUUUUUAAAAGGUCUUAAUUAGUAAAGGAUUUAUCAGGGUUAUUAACUAGGGUUCUUUAGGGAGUUUGUUUCGCUAUUCAAUCCACGAGGAUCUUAUGAUAAGUCAUAUAAGUAAGAGACGUUAUCAGGUUAGGUGCUAAUACUAAAUUACCAAUAGGAGUCAAGGUGACUGAUGGAUUCAGAUACGUAAUACAAAUCCUAUAAUCAUACAAAGCCAAAUGCUAUGGUAAUCUAUAAAUCAAUAAAACUAAGAAUUUUUUACUAGUGCAUCACAAUAAUUUUACAUGGCUACACAUGCCAAAACGUUCAAUGUCAAACCAUAUGAUACUUUUGAGGUUAAUAUUUAUAGGUUUUGUAUUUUGGU